UAUAAUAUGUCCAAUCCAUCAUCUACAGCUUCAGCAAAUAAAAUUCGAACAUCACAGCGUCGGUCGCUGGCUUGUCAAGCGUGCACCAAGAAAAAGAUCAAAUGCGAUAAACAAAUACCCUGUUCGCGCUGCCGCCGACUUCACCUGGAAUGCUCUCGGGAAGUCGUCAGGAUUAAACAGAAUGUUGUCCAACAUGCAGCCGAAAUCCAGUUUUUGAGCUCCAUCACUAAAGACUUGGAGGAAGCCUCAGCAUCCGGCCUUCAGCCCAUCAUUGAUAGGUUGAAGAAGCGAACUCAUGCGCUGCAAUUCGGAGACAAUAUACCUCACCAAGCUGAUGGAACGGCUGAGUCAAAUCAAGUCAACACGAUCCAGAUUCUGGAAUCGCAAAAUGAAAAGUCUCAUGAAACCACGGACCCAUCACUUCUGACGACCCUAGAGCACUUCGUUUGGGGUCGAACCUCUGGAAAAUGCUUCCCACAUACAUCGUGCUCUUGUAGGCAUAGCAGAGAUCGCACACCGUUAUUUCCAAUAGACCCGCCAUUUUGGGAUACAUCAAUGGAUCUCCACCACGGAAUCGCCCAUAGCAUCCCGUCUGCCGAUGCAAGAAAGCUCAUCCAAUUCCAUGUUCAGCACCUGGCCUGGCAUCACAAUUGCCUACACGCCCCAACACUCCAAGAGCAGUGCGAGAUUUUCUGGAACACGGGAAGAAGCGUCUAUCCUCUAUGGCCAGCCACGUACCUUUCUAUCUUGAGUGCAACAGUCUUCGCUGUUCAAAAUAGCCAAAAAGCGGUCAGAACAGUCGACUUAGACCUGAGUCUACUCCCUUCCGCAGAGCAAUUGUUCACGGGCAUGAUCCAUGUGCUAUACAAUUCUCACUUUCUCCGGGAUUUGUCGAUAUACACGGUCCAAGCUAUUGUCAUUUCCACCGAGGUCGCUCAUAACUUGGGACAGAGCCAGCUCAACGCAACUCUUUUUAACGCAGCAGUCCGGAUGGCGGAAAGUCUCGGACUUCAUCGUAUUGGCACUAGAAGCGCGCUUGAGGCCAACUGGGAUGCCAGGGUGAAUAUCGAGGUCGGAAAAAGAGUGUGGUGUCAGAUGAUGAUACAAGAUCAUUUUGCCAUUCCCUUUACGGAAUCGUAUACCAUAUCUCCCGGCCAUGUCUCAACCAGUCUUCCGUUGAAUGCCGACGACCAUGACCUCAUAGACAUGCCACCAUACAUCCCAACGGUCAGCAGUUAUGUGCUUGUUCUACACAAGAUGGCAGCGCUGAUGCCAGACUGGCUCAACGGACUCGACCCUCGAGGAGAUCGAAAAUCGACCAAGGUCCAGUACGAACAUGUGUUGGAUAUGGAUCGUCAAAUGAGAGAAACAGUCAAGUCAUUCCCUCAAUUCUUUUUGACUCAUGAUGUUGAAAUGGAACUAAGGCUGCCGUGGCUGAGCAUCGCCCGAAGAAGUCUCGGAAUCACGGCAGCGGAAAAAAUUAUCAUGAUUCACCGGCCAUUUCUUUUCCGAUCUUUCAUUUCACCACUGUACGACCACACUCGACGGACCUGCACAGCUGCAGCAAUGACAAUUCUUCGCGAGCAUGAGGCUCUCGUCGUGGCUGAUGACUUGUCCGUGUGGACGCAUACGGCCUUUUGCAUCACGGCGGCUGUCAUAUUGUGCUUUGCGAUCAAUCACCUUUCCGAGGGCGACGGAAUGGCCGCUUGCAAGUACAAAGCGGCAAUUUUGGGAACAAAAGAGCGCUUGAAAUCACGGAAAAGUGAUUUGUUGGGGCAGAAGGGCGUCGUUUUGAUCGACGUUCUGAUGGAUGAGCUUCCAAGUCAAAAGAUUUCCAGUCUCGGUUCUUCCAUCACAAGGAUCUUGAAGCGCAUGGACGUGGAACUCUCUCAAGAGUGGGAAUCGGGCGAGAAAGGGGAAGUCUCAUAUAUGGCCAUGGACGAUUAUCCAAUUGAGGAGAUGUCACAAUUUCUAGGAGACUUCGAUCCAACUUUGGAGGCAGAAGCGGAAUUUGACAUUUGGUUUAGGAGCCUAUUCAAUAACUAG